AUGACAUCUACCUCGAAGCCUACUUCUCGAGUUCUGGUGCUCGGUGCUGGCAACUUUGGUUCUUGCCUUGCCGACCAUCUUGCCGACUCGACUCAUCGUGUAUAUCUCUGGGCUCGCUCGAAACAAAUUGUUGAUACGUUUAAUAAAGAACGAAGAAAUGAGAAGUAUCUGACUGAUCACGUAUUUCCUGAGGGCAUCGAUGCAAUCGGCCCCGAGUUACCUAGUGCAGAUUUCCUCAACGAUGUCGAUGUAGUUCUAUUUGCUGUACCUACUCAAGGAUUGAGAAAGGUACUGGAAGAGCUGCAUCCUCGGAUGCCCAAGAAUCGAAUUCCACUUAUGAUUUUCGUCAACAAAGGUAUUGAGGCUGGGUCCCAAGCUCUCACUUUAGAAAUCAUAGCAGAGUCGUGCGGUCCUGAUGUCGCAAAAGCAUCCACAUUCAUCUCGGGUCCGUCUUUCGCCAAAGAAAUCGUGAAACGCCAACCUACUACCGUCUCAGUAUCGUCCCUCUCACUCUCACAUGCACAACAAGCGUCAGACCUAUUUCAUCAACCCUGGUUCAGGUGCUACACAGGCGCAGACCCGCUAGGCGUGGAGCUCGCCGGAGCUUUGAAAAACGUAUAUGCUAUAGCAGCUGGUAUCGCCGACGGAUUAGGAUAUGAGAACAACACUCGAGCUGGCCUCAUUACCCGUGCUCUGGCCGAAAUGACGCGAAUCGGUAGCGCAUAUGGUGCCUCGCCUCUCACAUUUUUGAGCCUCGCGGGAAUAGGAGAUUUGAUGCUUACGUGCACGUCAUCCAAGUCUCGUAACUACACUGUAGGCUAUCGCCUAGGCAAGGGAGAGCAGCUAGAUCAUAUCAUACGGACACUUGGAUCUGUUGCUGAGGGAGUCACAACCUCCGAGGGAUUGAAACCGAUGACCCAGAAGCUUGGAGUAUAUGCUCCGAUUGCGGAUGGCGUUUAUUCCAUCCUGUAUGAGGGGCGUGACGCAAAGGACGUCGCAAUACAAUUGAUGAAUGAGCCGCCGCUACGUGAGAUAGAUCUACCUCAGGGAGCUGGGGCUCCCGUAGAAGAGCUAAAGAAAAAGCUGGGAGUCGACAGCCUUGACCCGGCUUGA